CAACAGCAUUUCCUCCUCACCCACACACAAUGGCCGCCAGAAAAGCAGUCGCUGCGUUGCGCCCAGUAGCCAAUGCCUUUGCGCCACAGUUUGGAAGACUUCAAUGCCCAAAAGCCGCCCGGUAUUCAACCAGAACAUCCACAUUGCCAGCCCCGCGACCCCGCAACUUCACGGGACCAGUGCGACAGCAUGCGCGAUGGGCUUCUUCACAGGCAGCAGGCGAACAGCUGGGUAAGACUGGCUUAUACGAGUUACAUAGCAAGUAUGGCGCCAAGUUUGUGCCCUUUGGCGGAUACUUGAUGCCCGUCCAAUACAGCGACUUGAGCAUCAUCGACUCGCAUAAUUGGACGCGCGAAAAAGCCAGUUUGUUUGAUGUCGGCCACAUGGUCCAGCACCACUUUUCUGGCCCCGGUGCCGAGGCCUUCCUCGAGGGCAUCACUCCCUCUGCCCUUUCUACCCUGGCCAGGCAUCAGUCUACUCUCUCAACCCUGCUUAACUCAAAUGGUGGCAUUGUUGACGACACUGUCAUCACGCGCCUCGCCGACAGGUUUUAUGUUGUGACAAAUGCAGGCUGCAGAGAAAAGGACACUGCAUACUUCAAGGCGCAACUGGAUGCAUGGAACAGCAAGCAUUCUGACCAACCAGUCGAAUGGCAGAUCCUAGAUGGACAGGGCCUUGUGGCCCUCCAGGGGCCCCUCUCCUCCGAGAUACUCUCCCGCGUACUUGACGAUAAGUCAAAGAAGGAUCUUGAAUCGCUCUACUUUGGCCAGUGUGCCAAUGCGACCAUCAAGGGCACAGACGCCGAGGUGCUUGUCAGCCGUGGUGGCUAUACUGGCGAAGACGGGUUUGAGAUCAGCAUUCCUGCCUAUUCCACCGAAGCCAUCACUCAAUAUUUGCUCGACUCGGCCAAAGAUGAACUACGAUUUGCAGGUCUCGGAGCGCGCGACACCCUCAGACUGGAAGCCGGUAUGUGUCUCUACGGUCAUGACCUAGACGACACCACAACACCUGUCGAGGCCGGCCUUUCCUGGAUCAUUGGCAAAGACCGCCGCGCAAAGGGUGGCUUCCUCGGCGACUCUGUUAUUCUGCAACAACUUAAGAAAAAGUCGGAAGGCGGAGGUGUUUCACGCCGCCGAGUAGGUCUCAUCGUUGAGGGAUCCCCCGCCCGAGAAGGCGCUGAGAUUGUCAAUGAGGCUGGUGAGAAGAUUGGCAACAUCACUUCUGGCUGCCCUUCACCCACCCUCAAGAAAAACAUCGCCAUGGGUUACAUUCAAGAUGGUAUGCACAAGGCGGGCACUGAAGUCGAUGUUGUGGUUCGUGGUAAGAAACGAAAGGCCGUCGUCACAAAGAUGCCAUUCGUACCAAGCAAAUACUUCAAGCAGCCAGCCAAUGUAAAGGCAUAGAUGGCUGCUAAACAUCCGGAAUUUUGGCAUAUUCAACCUGCCAUUGCCUCUCUGAGCGAACCAUUGCACCGAGCUAAUCAAAUUCUCACAGCACUGGUGUUUUGCCCAGUCUCCCUCGCGGCUCUUAGUAACUGCCAGCGAUUUACAUGACGAGGAUUUGCGCAACGCAUUGCAUAAGAAUAUUAUUAUGCCUAAAUCCUUUGGUCCCCUUCUGUUAGUCUGUGCCCAUUGGCGCAAGCCUAAGCGGUAUGCUCCUCGAACAUGUCUGUAAAACUAGUAGAGAAGUACUUAGUCCAAGCCAAAAAUAAGACUUAACACCCGAAACCUCAACAUGGUUUGGCUCAGGAUGAUCCUCACACGCGAAACGGCAACUAUACCGCCGCCGUAGAAUAGAUACGAGAUAGUACCGCGAAUCAAGUCGCUUAUCCAUGACCAAUUUUACACUUCCAUCUUUG